AGGAUGGAGAAGACUUCCGGUUGGUUCCUCCGGUGUGAAGGAUGCAGCAGCGCGCGCGCUCAAGCAGAACCGAGCUGCAGCUGCGCGCGCGCUGUGAUGGAGCAGGAAGCGCGGAUUAAAGGGAAGUGAUGACUGACAGCGCAGGAAGUCGAGUGUGCGUUCUGUACUUGUCGGAGUUAAGAUUUUUGAUGAUUUAACCGGAAUGAUGUGUGAAGCAGCUCCACCGCGCGCGCCCUUUAUUUUCUUCGUCUUUUUUCAUUUCCCGGUUUGAUCUCUUUUUCCUUUUAGCUUUUUUAAAAUAAGGUUUUUUUAACAUGUUAUAAUAAAAACUAUUAUAAACUGAACCCCUUUAUUUAGAAAUGCAUGUGAGAUGGAAGCCGGGCCGCGCGGUUCCGGUAGCCGCGCUCGCGCUCCUCAUCAUCCUCGCCUUUGCGCACUCGCGGCUGCGGAACGGAAACGUGAGCGCGCGCGCCGACAAGCCACCAUCCUCCUCCUCCUCCUCCUCCUCUCUGAUGAGCGCGCGGGGACAGCGGCGUGUCCGGCUCGAGGACGUGUUCAUCGCGGUAAAGACCACGCGACACUUCCACCGAAACCGCCUCGCGCUCCUGCUCGAUACCUGGAUCUCCAACAUCAAAGAGCACAGGAAACUCAUCAGAGAGGAAGUUACAUCAACAGGAAGUCGAACAAUACGUAUAUCUUCACAGAUACCAGAGAUGACGAGAUCGGCUCUAGAGGUUUUAACCUCAUUGUCACCAGUUGUUCACCUGAACACACUCAUGAGGCUCUCUCCUGUAAGAUGGCCUCUGAGUAUGACCACUUCAUGGCCUCUGAUAAACAGUGGCUGUGCCACGUUGAUGAUGAUAACUACCUGAAUCCAGGUGCGCUGCUGUCUCUCCUCUCUGAAUUCUCAUUGGACAGAGAUGUGUACGUGGGUAAACCCAGUUUGGAUCGACCAAUCAAGGCCCAGGAGCUGCUGCCUAGCAACAAGACACGUGAUGUGCAGUUCUGGUUCGCAACAGGAGGGGCGGGGUUCUGUCUCAACAGGAAGUUAGCAGAGAAGAUGGCUCCAUGGGCGAGCGGGUCCAGGUUAGAACACACCUCGGCUGUAAUCAGACUUCCUGAUGACUGUGUGAUUGGUUUCAUUGUUGAGAGGCAACUGGGCGUGUCCAUGAUCCACAGUGACCUGUUCCACUCUCACCUGGAGAACCUUCUGCUGCUCUCACCUGCACAGAUCCUCACACAGGUUACUCUGAGCUAUGGCCUGUUGGAGAAUAAAAUGAACAGUGUGGGACUCAAGGGAAGUUUCAGCACAGAGGAGGAUCCAUCCAGGUUUAAAACACUGCACUGUUUCUUGUACCCUCUGACGAGCUGGUGUCCACGAGCAUGAAAACAUCUCACAUACUCGUACACACUGAGGACAUGCCCAAUGCAUGCCUGUGUCCCCAUGUAACUGUCCCCAUGUCCAUGUGCCAUAAUGUCUAUGUAUCCAUGUGUUCCUUUGAUCCCAUGUCCAUGUGUCACUGUGUCCAUGUGUCGUGUCACCAUGUCCCAAUGUAACUGUGUCAUCAUGGCUAUGUUUUACUGUCACGGUGUCCCUGUUUAACUUUGUCCCUGUGUCAUUGUGUCCAUGUGUUCCCGUUUCACUGAAUCAUCACUGAGGAAAAGGCAAGAGAACACCAUGAGGUUAUUUGCACCUUAUUAGACUUUUUCUUAUGGCGCUAAACUCUCUUGGUGUCAUGUCCCCUGUCUCAAUGGAUCUGGAGCUCAUGUGGAUGUUCUUCAGUUCCAGCUUGAAAUGUUUUUGAAUUGGAUCUGACCUUUUCACACUCCUGGCUGGCUUGCCAACUGUCUCUGAUGUGUAAAGGGUUAUAAAUGAACAGCUUAACAUUGAUUUCAUUAGAAAAUCUUCCAGGAAUGUGUGGGUCAGAGGUCAGAGUAUCUCAGGCUUGUAAUCUCAUCCAUAAUUUAUCUCCACAUUUUCCCAUGAAUCUCCAGUUCUACUGGGAGAUCCUCUUCAUGUACGCUAGAAGAACAAGAAAACACAUCCAAACAAAUGUUUAAUGAUCCCAGAUUAUUCAGCCUGAGUGUAAAAAUGUUCUUAAACACAGAGUAGGUCCUGGUUCCUUAUUCCUGCUUUAACUAUUUGAUUUGUUUACAGUGUAGAUUAUUUUUACAUUUAUUCUAGUCUGUCGAAGUGCUCAGUGUCCUCACAGAAAGCACUUAAAGGUGUGUGUGUGUGUGUGUGUGUGUGUGUGAGAGAGAGAGAGAGAAUUUUACUUCUUUUCUUCAGACAGUUUACACUGGAAUAACAAUAAAACCCCUCAUUUAGUUUAAACAGGAACACACACAGGUGUGUGUCAAGUACAACCCCGAUUCCAAAAAAGUUGGGACAAAGUACAAAUUGUAAAUAAAAACGGAAUGCAAUAAUUUACAAAUCUCAAAAACUGAUAUUGUAUUCACAAUAGAGCAUAGACAACAUAUCAAAUGUCGAAAGUGAGACAUUUUGAAAUUUCAUGACAGCAACACAUCUCAAAAAAGUUGG